CUAAAAACGUUUGUCCCGCGGUACAAAACCAUACGUGUCAGUAUCGUCUGCUCUUCCGGAAUUGAGCAUUUGUAACAUUAACGUAGAUGUCAGCAAUCAAUGAUUCUACAUAUUUACGUUGCAUUAUUUUCUUUGCAAAAUAAUGUCGAGUGGGCAUCGGUUGUUUCCGAGUGCAAAUGCAGUGCAAAAAAAUGAACACAACACUGUCGUCGCUGUCAGUGUCAGUGUCAUUGAUGACUGCACUCCAACUGCGCAAAAAAAUGGCAACUUGGACUGGCUGACCAAUAAGAGCUUCCGAAGCGACAAUGCGAUCGCAAUCGCCAAGCAACAUCUGAGAACAGAGGACAGUGAAAGACAUCGGCAGCGACUUAGAAUCACUACUCCCCAUCCAACAACAUCCGAGAGCUCUGACUCGAGCUCUGACUCCAGCAGCUCUAGCAGCGACAGCUCAAGGUCUAGACAUUCUUACAGCAAACGGAGCAGAGAACACAGACACAAGCGAGGCUACAGAGCAGAGUCUAUUGAUAGGUACAGAAGAAAAAGUACAACAUCCGAGAGCUCUGACUCGAGCAGCUCUAGCAGCGGCAGUUCAAGGUCUAGACGUUCUUACAGCAAACGGAGCAGAAAACACAGACACAGGCGAGACGACAGAGCAGAGUCUAGUGAUAGGUACAGAAGAAAAAGAACAACAUCCAAGAGCUCUGACUCCAGCUCAGACUCGAGCAGCUCUAGCAGUGACAGUUCAAGGUCUAGACGUUCUUACAGCAAACGGAGCAGAAAACACAGACACAGGCGAGACGACGGAGCAGAGUCUAGUGAUAGGUACAGAAGAAAGAGAACAACAUCUGAGAGCUCUGACUCGAGCAGCUCUAGCAGCGACAGCUCAAGGUCUGGACAUGCUUACAGCAAACGGAGCAGAAAACACAGACACAAGCGAGACUACCGUGCAGAGUCUAGUGAUAGGUACAGAAGAAAAAGUACAACAUCUGAGAGCUCUGACUCGAGCAGCUCUAGCCGCAACAGCUCAAGGUCUAGACAUGCUUACGGCAAACGGAAGAGAAAAUACAGAAACAAGCGAGACUACAGAGCGGAGUCCAGUGAUAGACACGGGAGGAAAAGCCAUGGUCGUGACAGGCAUCACAGGGACAAGAAGAGAAAGAGGAGGGAACGUGAUUCAAGCUACUCCAGUGAUGAAAGCAACACUCGCAGAGAUCCCUUGAGAUCAGAGAAGAGGACGGCCGGUGUAGGUGAGGGCUUUCGCAUCGAUGUGAAAUCGGACAAGAACAACCUGUGCUUUGACAGUCUCCAUUUCACAGACACUGUCAUCUACCGUCGCGUCGGGCACUCCUGCCUUGGUUUGAACCGACGACGUCAGUCGGUGAUUUGGAAAGAAGCUUCAAAGGCAAAGAAAUACAAGACAGAAUCGAGUACACUGAGAUAUUUCACUCCAAAUAUUGUCGACUUAGAGAGUGAAAAUGUGGAAGAAGGUACUGUACUUGCAGACCGCAGUCGGGCAGACAUACCUCAAGAAAGGAAGCAGAGAACCAUUUCUUACAUCCCGAUAGAUGCCUCUGCCACCAACCUACCCAGGCCUGACUUUGAUCCUCUCGGUGUCUACGAUCCAUCCACCCAAGCCUACCUUGGAUCAGACCCCAAACCAAGCCACAUUAACACUGCAAAACCCCAGCACCAAUCAGCACCAACCAGCAAUAGACUCUCGGCAUUCACAAAGACCACCGCGUCCUACAACCGGCACUUGCACGACAAUCCCCAAGACAUUCCCAAGUGGCUGGAGUUCAUCCGCUUCCAAGACACCGCCGAGUUUGACACACUGGUUUCCACCAGCGACAUCAGUGGUUCAAACGCAAAGCAAAGCGGCCGAAAGAGGACAGCUAAGAUGAUUGCCGAGAAGAAGCUUGCCAUUCUGGAAAAGGCCCUCCUGAAAAACCCUGACAGCGUCCCCUUGCAACUUGAGCAGCUGGAGAUUGGUAAAGAAUUCUGGGACAUGUCGCAGCAGACAAGACAAUGGGAAAAGCUCCUGAAAUCAAACCCGGACAACAUCCCGUUAUGGAGGGAGUACCUCCUCUUCAAGCAGGCAUACUUCUCCGCGUUCUCUGUUUCCAAGGUUGCGGGACUGUACGGGAGGUGUUUUAGGAAGUUGGUUGCUAGACAGAAGGAUCUGGAUGGAUGCGAGGCUGUGGAAUUGGAGAAUCAAUUACUUGAUUUGUUUGUUAGCUUGUGUCAUUUCUGGCGGCAGGCCGGUCAUACAGAGAAAGCAGUGGCAGCCUACCAGGCCAUGAUAGAGCUCAACUGCUUCUGUCCUCAGCAAUUCCAGCAAGACACACACGCACAGGGCCAGAUUGCAUUUUUGGAGACGUUUUGGGAUAGCGCCGAGCCUCGAUUUGGAGAGAGAGGAGCCAAAGGUUGGGCCAGCUGGAUGCAGAAGAAGCAGAGAGGAGGCUGGGCACAAAUCCAAGAGCCUCAAUCUGACGAUCGAGCUCUAGAGGAAUCUUCCAACCCUUCCAUGAAUUCAUCCGACCAGCCUCUGUGGCAAGCCUGGAUGCGGGAAGAGGUCUUUAGAGAGCAGAGUCAUUUCGCUCCCUGGCGUCCUGACGAAGCCAAGGGUGAAACAGAAGAGGACUGUGAGGAUCCGGAGCGGAUGGUUCUCUUCGACGACAUCGGUCAAGCUCUCUUCAGGCUCAGUUCUCAGCAGAACCAGUUUCGUCUCGUCCUCUUCUUCCUGGACUUUCUUGGCGUAUCGGUUCCCAGAUGUUUGUUGGAGGGUCCUGGUGAAGUUGCCAACACGACAGGGAUUUACCUAGAGCAGCCAAGCCAGAUAUUGCCUCCCGUCUGUAAGCCGACUUUGACACUCUCAGGAGUUGCAGGUAAUUGUAGGACCCUGGAGCAGUUUGAGAGGAACGUGGACUCCGCUAAGAGGAGUCGCAUCAGAGAUACCAACACACAGAAUAAAGCUCUUGAAGACUUUGUGGAGGAAGUGUUCGUCCGAAUCAUACCAGUUUUUCCCGAGCAAGCACAGACCAAGCUUCUGUUGAUGAGGUUAGACUUCCACAUAAAAAAAGCUCUAAUGUCGACAGAUGAUAAGCGUGGGCAGAAGAAGCGACUUAAGGAUGCCAAGAGAUUUGCCAAGAAGCUACUUAGCCAGGAGGAGAAUCGUAACAACUUGGAUCUCUGGGCUGCCUUAGCAAGAUGGGAACACUCUCUGAAUAACACGGAUGAAGCUAAACGUGUGCUGCAAACAGCCCUGAUCUUUCUUGGGCAGCCUAAGACCGAAACAGACAGGCAUGCUGCCACAAGACUUGUGUGGACAUUCGCAGACAUGUUUGUCCAGUAUGACUCAACACCUGCGAGUUCUGUUGGAGCUGUUAAUGGAAGCAACACGGAGGUGCUGCAUUUACUGACUGCCGUUGCAGAGGGGGGAGUGUUCACUCCCCUCCAAGAGGUACCGGGACAAUGUGUGUCUGCAACAAGAAUCCUAAAAGCUAGGAGAAACUAUCAAGAGAUGAUGACACAAGCCUUGGCCUCUUACUCAAAGGAAUGUGAUGAAAACACUGAGCUCUCAGAGUGGUGUCGGCCUUCUGGAAGCUACAUCGUACAUCUCGCCAAGUGCUUUGCCAUCUUCCAGUACCUGACCGUGGGCAUGAAGGCAGCAUCAGUCGUCUAUGAGUCCAGCCUCUCGGCCCUCAAAAGAAGUGGUUCAAGAGGCUCCGACUUUACAAGUCCACGGCAGGUCCGAGUGGACCAGGAGUUACUGACAACAGCCCACGUCAGGCUCUUCUCGGCCCACGCAUACAGCAACCCCGGCCCGCUUGGAACCCUGAGGAACCUAAUCAAGACCUCCCUGGCGGAUUACCCAUCCAGCCCGGAGUUGCUGGAUGCUUUCAUCCACUCAGAAGCCAAGUCCCACAUUGCCGGGCGAGUCCGUCGGUAUUUUGAUCAGGUGACGAGACGAAGCAACCAUCCCAUCCAGUGGUUGUUUGCUAUCAGGGCAGAGCUGCUUAGGCAGGAAGCUGUACUUGCUGCUACUACUGCUGCAGAAGUCAAGGACCUACUAGCACAACAAAUUGGAGUGUCCUUGCCAGAGUCAGGGAUAAGCAACCGUAUCCGUGCCUUGUUUGACAGGGCGUGUGAGAGUCAGCACUCCCGCCACUGUGUACUGCUGUGGAGGAUGUACAUGCAAUUUGAGGUCCAGCAAGGCAACUUGAAACGAGCCGAGUCCAUAUUCUACAGCGCAUUGCAACACUGUCCAUGGGCUAAGGUCCUGUACAUGGAUGCGGUCAGAUACUUCCCCACCAAGUUGCAGGAUUGUCAGGAUCUGCUGAUGGAGAAAGAGCUUCGCAUCCGAGCACCCCUGGAGGAAGUGGAGCUCCUCAUCAAGACCUGAGCUCAAUUCCUUGGUGCUAAGCAGAAAAUGAUGCUUAGCAGAUGCAUGUGUUAAGCCAAAAUCAGAGGGCAACCAGUCACAAACAGUGUGCAUUGCAUAGCAUUUUGGCUGGUAACUUGUUUUUACCAAAUUUUUGAUUUUGCAAAAAAACAAGAUUUUUGAAAAAGACAAAAUAUAUCGGCCAAAGUUUAAGAUCAAGUCAAACACCACAAAUAUACUGACUCUUGAGAAUCAUUUGUACCAUAUUUGUAUGAUACUUCUCACCGUUACUUCAUAUUUUGCAACAAUAUGUUGAUAUUUGCAAAGAAGACAGACCAUGUACAACGACAGUUCAAGUUCAUUACACGGUGUGUAAAAAAGAAUGGGAACCACUGAUGACACCCCCGGAGAUUCAAGGAAAGCUUUACGAUUGAACCUGUCACCCGCCCCUGCGAAUAUAUGGUGGUGUACCCUAACGUGGCGCACUUCGACAACUCACUGGACAUCCGUUCAAAUUGCUUCAAAAUCCAAGAGCCGAUUCUGUUCAGACUUACACACGUUAGUGCCGGAUUGAACACCCUCCAGAAAAACUGUCAUUCAUUUUGGUUUAGUACAAAUGACAAAAAAAAUCAGAGAGUACGACAGAAUUGUCGAGAAGUUACUUACGCAAAACUGUCGAACUGUCCCCUAACGUGGUGCACGCCGCUGAUUGGCUGAAAUGGUUUGGUACCAUGCUACGGUGGCCUAUGACGAUCAUUUGCCCUAACGACAAUUUGCCGUGAAAAAAAGUUUCAUUUUAUUGCAUUUUAUGUUAUGCAGGAAACAAUAUGGAUCUUUAGGUGUUUACAAGUUUACAAACGGCUACAACAUUAAAAACAGUUGAAAAGUAAAGCAAAUCUCUUGAACCUCGAAAUCAGAAAAUAUAGCAAUGCAAAAAGACAUGACCCUUAAAUAAAAAA